UAUGAUUUUCAUCCUCUUGUCAUGGGAAUGAGCAGCAGGAUAUAGAUUAUGUCCAUAGCUUCAAAGGAAAAGAAAAAAUUCAAGUUGAAGGAAUGCUCACAGAGGUAGAAAUUGCUUAUAACUAUGAGGAUUUUGAUAAUUUCUUGGACUCUGAUAUUGAUUUGUUGAUGGAGGAACAAUGUGAAUUUGAGAAUGUUUCCUUCAUGCUAGAAUCUCCGAUGAUGGAAGUGGCAGAUGUAGGAAUAUUUAAUGAGGAUAAUGAAGGUAG